CUUUACUUGAGUAAGCAGCAAGCGGAGAUCGAAAAUUUCUUAACUCGUAUUGCGGAGCAAUUAACCCCUCGCUUACAACGGGUGGUCUGUCUCAUCAAUAACUAUGAUUUGAUCCUUAGUGUUCUUGAGGAGCGGGUGACAUUUGAUUCGAAAGAAAAAUCAUCAUUCUGGGAACUGAAACAGAAUCGUAUCAAUGAAUACGUUGAACUGGUGCUUCGACCCCACUUUGGUGAUCUGAUGUCAUUUGUUAAUGAAUGUGAACCAUUAAUUGAACAGGGGCACAAGCAGCUUUUAAUUCGUUAUUCUGAUAGUGUGACAAAAAUUGUGCGCAGUUUUUGCGCUAACUGGAAAAAGUCGAUAGAUGCUGUAAACAACGAAAUUGUUCGUUCAUUUGCAAAUUUCAAAAAUGGUACCAACAUUUUACAGAUGACAUUCACACAAAUUGUUCAAUAUUACCAUCGAUUUAGCAAGGUAUUAUCACAUGAAGUAUUUGCAGAAAAUGCUGUCCUAAAGGAGCUGGUUAAUAUUCAUCAUAUUAUGGUAGAAAUAAAGAAAUACAAACCAGUGUACUAA